UCGUCGACUUCCUAAAAUGUUUAGUUGAGUUCAGAUAAUCAAGGUAAUUGUGGUGUUAAUUAAGUAGUGUCAGAUGAGUAGAAUAUAGCUGGAAAGUGCAAUUGUAAAUAUGAAACAUCUUGAAUGAAUUGAAUCAAGCAAUCAUUUUUGCGAUUCGACAUACAGAAUUACUAAAAGUGACAAGUGUCAAAAAGAAUGUCAGAAUUAUUUUUAUUAUUAAAUCUUAAUACAAAGUGAUUUCGAAAGUCUUUGGAGCAAAAUUUCACAAUCAGUGAGAUCAUCGUCAAGGUGAACGAACAAGAAAAGUGUGCUCCAGUACCUUACAAAUGAAUGAUUAGUAAGAUAAAAAGGAGUGAGGGAAAAGAGAAAGAAAUCAAGAAGUCCCGUAAAGUUUCCUGGACGCGCGCGAGUAAGUAAAUGCAAUGGAGGACUACAAGUUUCUCUUCAAGGUUGUACUUGUUGGUAAUGCUGGAGUUGGGAAAACAUGUCUUGUACGUCGGUUUACUCAGGGAUUAUUUCCACCUGGUCAAGGAGCAACAAUAGGGGUGGACUUUAUGAUCAAAACAGUCGAAGUUGAAAAUGAGAAAGUUAAACUUCAAAUAUGGGAUACUGCAGGUCAAGAAAGAUUCAGGUCUAUCACACAGAGUUACUAUCGGUCUGCCCAUGCUCUUAUAUUAGUUUAUGAUAUUUCCUGUCAGCCUACAUUCGAUUGCCUACCUGAUUGGUUACGGGAAAUUGAGGAAUAUGCUAGCAAUAAAGUUUUAAGGAUACUUGUCGGUAAUAAAAUUGACCGGGAAGAUCGGGAAAUACCCACUCAUGUAGGAGAAGAUUUUGCCCAAAGACAUGGAAUGUAUUUUUUGGAGACGUCUGCAAAAGAGGCAGAAAAUGUUGAAAGACUGUUCAUGGAAAUUGCUGCUGAAUUAAUGGAGCAAGCCAGAAGUAAAGAAUUGCCUCGAUACGAAACAAAUGCAACGUCAAUCAACGGAAAAACAACGUCAAUUGGAGAUAGUGGUAACUGCACGUGUAGUCGAUUUUCUUAAAAAAUUCAUGAAUGCUGGUGAGAAUGAUCAGUAAAAGUAAGAUAUUUUUUUUCAUUCCAUCAAUAUGGGGAUAAAUCUUUGAGCGAUCAAAAAAAAUUUCUGACAUUCAUCAAAUUUCGAUCUAAGUAAUUAGUAUAAUAAUUCACAAGCUCAACAGGAAACUCUAAAUUCCGAAUUAUAUUCUCUAAAUAAUGAAAUCAUAGAUGCAGAAUAGUUUUGUGUACAAAAGAAAAUAAUCAUCUCAUUAAAUGUUUCUUUACUCACAGCAUUUUACAUCACACAUUACCUCUCUUAACAAUCGUCACUCUACUCGUUUGAAUGAAUUACGGUACUAUUUAUUUAAUUACUUUAUAACAACGACUGAUCGUCUGACAGAUAAUGAAUACAGUACGUUUUUAAUUAACACUAGGUCUUAUUUUUCUGUUGAUUUUAAUCGUUAUAAUUAAAAGAGGGUGCAUCGAAUAAUGCACUUUGGUUGUUAUAAACUUUAAAAAGCAUUAUUUUAAUAAAUUAAUUAAUAAUUUAAAUUUAAAUUUCGUCCAUUACUGUACGUACUUUUGUUAAAAAGAAAUUUAUUAAUAUAAAUAAUUUAUGCGUUCACACGAAGGAAAAUAAAAUGAUAAAUCGUUGCUAUAAAAAUAUACCUUUAUAAUUGUUUUCCCAGGUGUGAGGCAGUAUUUAUGUUGAAUUGUAUAAUUGAAUAUUUCAAGAUAUUUAACGAAUGUAUUUAUUGCUUUUUUAUGAUACAACCAGAAGGUUGUUGUAAUUAGAAAAGUUGAGUUUAUACUAUAGUAACUAAAAUACUCUAGUCUUUGCAAAAUUUUAUUUACGAUAAAUAUAAAUGAUAAAUAUCACCGAAAAUUGCAUGUAUCACAGCUGAUACUGCUCAAUUUUAAAAAUUUUAUUUAAUUUAACACAUUAACAUUCACAUGCUUUGCUUUAUUUAGGAAUAAAAAAAUAUGCUUUUAUAUUAUAAAAUAAAUAUUUAAAUAUCAAUAUGCAAUUUAUUGAAAUUAAUAUUUAUAUAAAAUCGAUUAUUAGGCUCAAUUAUUUUAUGUAAAUUUUUUUUUCAUCAAAUAUUUACGUAGCGUAUUAACUUGGUUUCAUUUAAUGGAAAUUGGUGCUAAUAUUAUGUGCAAUAUACAUAAAUAUCUAUUGUUACUUAAAAAUUGAUUAAUUAAAUGAAAUUUGUAAGCAUCAAUAUACCAUAAAUCUAAAUAGAAAAGUGUGUCUUAAACAUAUCACUUCAUCGAAAUACUCAAAACUGGAGAGUUAAAGUUUACUCAUGGGCAUAAUUAUUUUUAUGAAACAAACUGGUGAAAUUGUUCAUAAUUAUUCUUACCAAACAAUACAAAUAUAGGCAUUUCAUUAUUUAGUUAUUAUUUAUCUAUAUUUUACAUUAUCAUUAUUUUAAAUAAAAUUCGAUUUAUAAAA